GAGGAGGAGGAGCAACAGUUGAAGGUGGGGGGGGAAAGCAGGCAGAGGCAUCAGAGAAGCUCUAUGCUCCACUUACGGUAACCACGCUCUCCUCUCCCUCCUCGCCCUAACCCAUCCUCUCAACCCGCAGAGUCCCCCUCCGUGGAGCUGAAGAGAAGACCUGCCGCUGAGAAGAGGGUUCACGUUUCUGCAAAAGGGGACCAGGAGCUCUCCGUGGAGACGCGUGAAGAGGGGAGUUUUAUGGAAGAGAGCGCGAUGCCAAGUCAGGGACACCUCUAACCAGCCGACUACCCUCGUUCUGAAUGGAUCUACCUGAGUGCAUGCUUACUUUCAGAGGAAUUCUGAUUCAGAUCUUUGCAACCUGAAAGACUUCUAUGGAAAUGCAAAUAUGGCAAAAGAAUAAGGCACCCUGGACCUGAAUCGAGUCAGGACACCUCCCCUACUUGCAGGCGCAGGGAGCUGUGAUGGUUUUCAGGGAAACAAGCAGGAGUCCUGCCUUCGCUCCUCGCCUGUGAUGGUGAUGGACUUACCCAGCCAGCACUUGCCUGUGGAGGUCAGCUGAAGACGACGCCACGCAGCUAAGUCUGGAUUAGCCGGCCGAACGAGUUUCAAUGCUCCUCCACGUUCUAAGAUGAAGUUAUGGAAAGGUGCUACUUUUGCCUUCGUGCUCUGUGGUGCAGCCCUGUCCACCAUCCUCGUUAGAAACAUGGCCACUGUCGGACAGUUCCAGCUCAAGACAAAACAUCCAAACGCAUCUUCACCCUCACCGGGAUCUUUAUCUCUAGAAGAAUCGGCAUCAGUAACCUCACCCGCGACAUCCUCGCCCCCGUCCCCCCGAGCAGCUUCGCCUCGGCAGCCGGGUGGUCUCCACCGACGGGUCCGCUCAACCGACAACAUGAGCUCCCUCCUCUCAGAGCUUUCCACGAUGUUCCAGAGCUUCACGGAGGGCGAGCUUCAGCAUGUGGUCGAAAUCUUGCUAAACAGGAAGAGAAGGAAGAACCAGCGCCUCGGGGAGAACCCGGCCCGAAGGACUAAAAGAGCCCGCAGGUCUAAGCCCUGCUCUCUGAGGCGGCUGGAGCUGACAGUCAGCGAACUGGGUCUCGGCUACCAGAGCGACGAGACCGUGAUGCUGCAGUACUGCACGGGACAUUGCCAGGCAGAGCGGCACAACUACGACAUCACCAUGAAGCACAUGAGGGAGACGGUGUUCAGGAAGAAGGGCCGCAAGGACAAAGUCAGCACGGGGCCCUGCUGCAGACCGACCGCGUUCGAAAAGAACUUUUCCUUCCUGGAUAACGAAAGCCACUACCACACGAUACGCAACGUGUCCGCAAAGACUUGUGGGUGCGUAUGACCCAGAGAGACGGACUCAUCACUUCUUCAUGCUGCUCUCAGCUUCAAACUUGGAUGCUGUUAAAAAACUAUGGAAUAUAAACUCAAGGAGGCGAGGGAAGGAUGCAAAGGAAGGGAAUAGACUUUUUAUCUCAGACAACUGGAUGUCUGUUUAUACCGAAUCAUGUGGACAGCAUAUACAUGAAAAAAAGAGAGAGAGAGAGAGAGAGAGAGAGAGACAGAAAGUGACUGUUUACACCGAGACGUUUUUAUCUUUUCUAUCUGUGUAGUAACACUGUAAACUGUGGUGUAACAAAAACGUAGCGACAUUAUGUUUGUGGUAUUAUAUUUGAGUAGUAGUACAUGCAACGGAAUCAUGACGUUGAGAAGCGGUGGACUAGGUUGUUUCUGUUACCGCAGGUGUUCACUUCAGUAAGUCCAAACCUCUUAGUUUACAUGGUUAUAUCGACGGACGUCACGGAAACAAUGCACCGAUGUUUACUUUACCUCCUGCGCGGCACAGUUUGGCCCAUUAACCUGAUUAUGACAUGUUGCGAUCAGCUGUGUUCAGAUAAGAUAUUGACUUAAAGGUGGGGUUGUUGUUGUGGCUGGCAAUGACUUUACAAGGCUGCUUGUUAGCAUUACUGUUACUGAUUGCAGUGUUAUUACACAGGUAAAACAACAAGCUUUAUUGAUAAGAAUUCAACAAUAGAAGAAAAUGUUUUUACUGUAGCUCAAGGUUUGAUUCCCACCCUUAUAAACAGUGUUUUAUACAUUUAUUAUUAUUAUUACUACUAUUAUUAUUAUUAUUGUUCUGGGAGAUUAAGAACGAUGGAAUUCUUCACUAUAUACACUCUCACAUUAGCAAUAGCACAACAUCAGCGUUUCCCCCCAUUUGUUCUCCAUAGAACUACCCACAAUCCUCUGGGGUUAUUUGUCCUCAAUUAAUUGCCAAAACACAUCGAGUCAAAUCACAGAUGGAUUCACAAAGUUGGAUUUAUAAACUUCUCACACCUGAAGCUCCAGGUGACGUUAAGGGGAUUCUUGUCCUCCCAGGACGCAAUUCGUUUGAAAGUUUUAAGAGGUUUUUAAUCAAAGCUAAAGACACAUUUUUAUUAUCGUUUGUCUCAGUGGCAGAAAAGCGAAACUCCGAAGUUACAUUGCACCCAUCCAUAAAACCAUGUAAUCGUCUGUAACACAAAACCCACAGUACAGCCUUCUACUGGCCCUGCAAAUGCCUCCUUGUAUAUGUUGUCUUGCCUGGUAGACCAUUAGGGGAUAUAUGAGCUGCUGAAAUGAAUUACGAAGCCUCUGUCUCACCUUCAACGUCAUUUAUUUGGUUUGAACCCAUUGCAGCUGCCUGAAGUACAUUGAAUUUGUUUUGUUUCUUUCUUCUUUUUUUUUUUUCCAGAGGAGGUGAAGUGAGGGGUGCAGAUGCAGUGCAUCUUUAUUGUAGUUUAUAUUGUAUUUAUUUGGGAAAUAAAUUAUGGUUUUUUGCAUAUUUAUUUAGAUUACGACACAGAAACGGGACAGCUUAUCAUCAUUAAGCAACUGUGCCAAAAAUGUUUUACCUAACAUUCUAUAUUGACUGCUGAAUAAAUAUAAUUUCAGAGUUAUGGAUGUUCAUCAUUUCUCCCAAGACAUUACUCUGGGGGGCGUCAAAUGUUCUGUACUCAGAUUGUAUUUAAAAUUAAUAAAAUAAUAAACUCUAACGAAACAC